GUUGCAGCGUUGCAUGAACUCGAUUUGGUCGCGUGCGAAACAGCAAGUUUACACAAGUUCAACCGAAAAGCCUUUCGGAAAUAUAUAUGCCGCUUACAUACAUAGUUGGGAAACGGGCAACAAAUCCAUACGCAACUUGAACUCCAAAAUCACCCGAAACGCAGUCGAAAUUGUUAAUUGAACUCUUAUUUAUUAACUUUGGCAAAACGGUGUCAAGCGCGGCCUAGAAAAAGAAAUAAAACAAAACCCCGGCGACAAAACGGCCCAAAAGAAAUUCCAAGCACGUUGCAGACGAAAUUACGCAAACGGCGAUAAAAAACACACCAGCAACUGCUGCAACUACGACAGCAACAUCAGCAGCAGCAGCAACAUUAGCAGCAGCAACAGCUGACGUUCAAUGAACGCCUCAGUUUCUGGCUAACCAGAUGCACAUCUUGGCCAAUCCCAACCAACCAAUGUAAGGUGCAGCUCCCAGCAGAGAGAGCUUUUCCCCAACUGAACUUGAAAGUGAAAGUGAACGAGAGCGGAGAAAUUGCGGAGAAGAGAUUGGUCAGCAGGGAAAGAAACCCGAAAGAAAGACCGUAACUUUUGCUUUUGCUGGAGUGGCCAAAAUCAACUCAGAGCAUCAGCCAAGGUCGUUCGAUAAGUUAAGCUAUGGAUAAGGAUCACUCGGAACAGGUGUACGAGGUGAAGGCGCCCCAUGCCGGAGCAGCGGGUCACACCUUCCUAGUGAGCCCCGUGGACCCCACGCCCAUCCUGGCACCCAUUCUCACCGCUGUGCCCGUGAUGAAGCCCCGGGAGUCCCCUGCUCCGUUGGAGAAGUCCAAGGAGGAGCCGGAGGUGCUGGAACUGGAUGAUGACCAGCCCAGCUGCAGUUCCCAGGCUGUGGUGCCCCUGUCCACGUCCCUGCCCUGCAAGCUGCUCCGCAUGCAUGCCAGGCGAUCUGCCCAGGCCCUGCUCCACCAAAUGGAAUCGCUGGACUCGCAGCUGGGCAGCAGCCAUGGCAGCACUUCGGAUGAGACUUCGCCCAGUGCCCCACCCAUGUCGCCCACGGAUCAGCAGCUCGUGGAUGUGGGCAUGGGCUCAUCCAUUGGGGACUCUGAGGAAUCCUCGGAGGAAGGCGACGAACUAAAGCCCCUCGCUGUGGACAAUCACAUCAUGCACGAGGUGGAGCUGAAUGAGCGCCAGACUUCACCACCGGCCGUCUUGAGUGAGGCCAACUUGGAGAAGUUCCGCAAGCACCAGAUGGAUAACAUCUAUCUGCAUCCCAACUUUACCCUGGAUGCUUCUCCACCGCCAGCGGUGGCUCCGGCCAACUCACCCGUUCUGGAGGCCAAGAGAAGUCAUCGCUCCUUCCUCUCGAUGAAGAAGGAUAAGGAGGUGGAUCAGCCACUGGAGAAGGAGAAGGAGCAGGAGGUUGCAGUUCGGGAGCAGGAGGAUUCUGAGCAAAACCAUGGUCCCAAUGAGAUAGACACGCUGGAUCCGUCGCUGAUUCCCAGCGAGGAACUGGCCGCCGAAAUCACCGAGGCGGUGGAGUUCUACUUCUCCAACGAGAGCAUCCUGAAGGAUGCCUUUCUGCUGAAGCAUGUGCGUCGCAACAAGGAGGGCUUCGUCAGCCUCAAGUUGGUGUCCAGCUUCAAGAAGGUUCGCCAGUUGACCCGCGAGUGGAAGGUCGUGGGCGAUGCAGUGCGUCGCAAGUCCCGCAAGAUCGAGCUCAAUGAUGUGGGCACCAAGGUGCGCAGAAUCGAGCCUCUGCCCAGUUUCGAUGAGACCAUGCCCUCGCGCACCAUUGUGGCCUGUGAUCUUCCCAUGGACAAGCUGACCAUCGAGAAGGUAUCGGAUCUCUUCUCCCGCUGCGGUGAGAUUGCCCUGAUCCGCAUCCUAAAGCCGGGCAUGGCCAUUCCCGUGGAUGUGCGUCAGUUCAUGAACAAGUAUCCGGAGCUGCAGCAAAAGGAGUGCGCCCUCGUGGAGUACCUGGAAUCCUCGUCCGCCCGGGAUGCCCGCCACCUAAGUGGUCCCUUCCAGGUGUACGAGAUGGUGGCUCCCAAGAAGAAGACUGGCAAGAAGGCAGCCGUCAUCCAGAUCGCUGCUCCCGUGGCCCGAAUGGUUGAGAACUAUCGCUACUACAACGACGCAAACUACGAGAGGAGUCGUGGUGGCAGCUUCUCGGGUCACGAGACUGUUCCAGAUCUGCGCUUCAAGCUCAAGCGCAACAACUCGGAUUUCCAGCCGAGCUACUACCAGCAAAUGGGGCCCAACAGCCAUGGCUACCAUGCCAAUCCGUAUCAGCAUUAUCAGCCACGUGGCAGCAUCGGGAGCAACCACAACCAGGAGAUGGGUUUUUUCGGCUAUGGUCCCAGAAGAUACAGCAACACAUCGACGAUUUCGGCCAACACGGCGGCUGCCUUGGGCGAUGCCUCGCCCAUAUCUUCUGUUGUCAAUUCAGGCGGUAGUCCCGCAUCGCCCAUCAGUAGCCUCCAAAGGCGUCUAUCCAACUGCUCCGAGCAGAACUUCACACCGGAAGUCAAUCCUCCAAUGUCGAGGAGGGCUAGCAAUUGCUCAGAGAGCGGGGGCAUUCCCCAGCGACGUGAUUCCAACUGUUCGGAGAGUUGUCCCUGCUCCAGGAGGGUCUCCGAUUUUGGUCAGCAGAACACCGCGGAGCAGAGCACCGGCUACAGGAAGACAUCGGUGUGCUCAAAUGGCAGUUGUCCUGGCAAUCAGAACCAGGAGCGUCGCUUCUCCAACGGCUCCAUGCAGUUCGAGAGGACCUUCUCGAAUGCCAGCGAGACCAGUGGCUUCUAUCGUCGUCCCUCGAAUGAUUUCAACAUAGAGAGGGAGCCCAUCCAGACGGAUCAGUUGGUGGGCGGCGGAGGCGGUGGCUACCAGGUGUGGCCGCGCCGUUACUCCAACAACUUCCAGCAGCUGAGCAGCAAACUGGCGGCCUACGACAAUGCUCAAUACAUCGGAGGAAGACGCAUCUCCACGGACUCGGGCUACGAUCGACGCUGCUCCUUUGGCUCGGAGGGAUUUGAUGGAUCUCCCCGAUCUCGCACCGGAAGUUUCCUGAGCAGCUACAAGCAUGGCGGAGAUGGCUACGAUGGCCAGCCCAGAUCCCGAACCGGAAGCUUCCUGGAUGGUUCUCCUCGAUCGCGCUCCGGAUCCUUUGCCCAACGGGCCGCCGAGAGCCUGGUGCGGACUCCCAUGGGUCCGGAUGGUAGCAAGGGUUUCGGCCAGAGGGCCAGGAAAUUCGGACAUACCAUUUCACCAGUGAACUAGGGUUCUCAAGAAAGAGGGGUUUUUUUUGUUGAUUAAUUUUAGUGGGAAGAAGAAAACUGUUAUAGAACCCCGUUUAGAGCGGGCAUUCGUAUGUGAAAUUAAUGGCUGUACACUGUGAUGCUGUCCAACUUGUUAAACGUCCCACAGAUGCACCAUACACCGCCCCCAGCCCUUAGGCCAACCUAGGUUAGGAACAUAAACCUAUAGUUAACGAAUUUUGAUCACCGAAAUUUACGAGGGGUUACGUUGCUUGAUGUGCAUUUUUGCCAGUCCUAUACUUGUUCUCUCAUUUUUUUCACCAUUCUUAUGAGAAACAUAACGAUAACAAUCACUGCCAAUAGUUUAAGCUAAAGAAAAGGAGCAAUAUAAUUGGUUUGGUAGAUACUUAGGAUUAUAUCUUUCAAAAUAAUCAACUUAUAUGAUUGACCAUUAACCAGUAAUUAUGUUCUUAUAUUUUAACAACUUAUAACUAGAGUAGGGGCCCAACUUGUAUCACAAAGUCACCCGUGACUUCCACCUUAUAUAGCUGCUAUAUCCUUAUGAAUUCACAAAACAACACUGCUUGUAUGCAGAUCUAGUAUUCUUUUAUGGCCCAUUAACACUUUUAACAAUCGUGCAAUUAGGUUAGAUGUAGGAUAGUCACACCCAUUUGUCAAACGGCUGCCAUAUAAAUCGGUUCUAGAAACGUGGCCAUAGUAGCCUCCAGGAGUGAGUAACACGGAUGUAAUUGGAAGCAAGCAAAAAUUAAUUAGAUUCUCAGGUCAUUAGGUUUAGCACUCGCAGGGCAGGCAGAAGUGAUAUCCACAUUUCCCAGCCAACCCACUCGUAAAUUUCAACUUUUUCUUUUAUUUGCUUAUUAUUUCAACACUUUUAUUCAAUUACUACUUAGUUAGUCUAAUAACUACGUAUUUAGAGUUAGGAACUUGGUUGUCCUCCUGCAAGAAGAAAACGACGGAGGAAACAGCAAAACGGAUCAUUACAGGAGAGAAUAAAAAUAUUUUUCAUUUUUAGCUUUUAAUUUCGAUUUCUUACAGAAGCAUAAAUCUGUGGAUGCAAUAAAUUAUACUAUGCGUGUUAACCGUGAAUAAACUUAUUACAAAAACCGAAUA